AUGCUCUUCUCUAAAGAACCAUCAAAUAAAAAAAAGUUUUAUUAUCGUAAUAUCCUAACCUCAAGUUCAAAAUAUCAAAUACUCAAAUUAAAUCAAACUCCUUAAAUAUAAUCAGUCUCAAAUUCAAAUCUCUUAAAUAUACAUCAUAAAACAAGUUUAACAUUUCAUUUACCACAAAAAUCUCAACAUAUCAUUAACUCAGAAACACCUCGACAUAAACGAUAUCAUACUAAUAAAUCUCAACAACUUAUACAACCAAAGUCUUCAUCUGGAUAACAUACUUAAAAAAGCAGUAAAGAACGCAGAGCUCCUUUACAUAAUAAAAAAAUACCAAUUGCAGAUUCAUCAUUACAUAUUGCAGAUUAUAUUGAAUUAUUGAAAAAUAAAUCAUAAUCAAACCUUCAUUAUAAAUAUUCAGAUCUUUUAAAAGAUUAAUCUUUACAGACUUCAUCUAUACAAUUUAAAUUAUCAACACCCAAAAAAACAAAAGAAGAAUCAAGAAUUCAUUUAUAACUUCUUUUAUAAUGGUAUAUUUACAUAUCAUCUUAGUACACAUACAAUAGCUAAAAUAAAGGAUGCACCCAAUUUUUAAUCUUCUAUUAUUAAUUCAUUUACUCAUCAAUAUCCAAAUUUAUCUUUAAUCAUAGAUCAGUUUAUAUAAGAUUUAGAUGUAGCUGUGUAAUUAUAUAAUACUGAAAAUUAAUUAUCAUAAACAUUAUUAAGAAUUACAGGACUUGAUUAUAAAAUAUUUCAUUUACUGUUUAAACCAAAGUAAGACUUCCCACAAUCACAUCUUUAAUUCAAAAUUGAUGAUGAUUUCUUUUUAAAUUAUAAAUUCUAUAAACCUACUAAAUAUGAUAUUUAUUAUAGAGUAUAUGGAGCUGGUGAAUUGCCCUUAGAAUUUCAAGAACAACUAGGUGAAUUUAAUCCUCGGAUUAUUAAAUAUAGAUUUAAAGAAUCUGAAUAUUAAGCUGCAAUGCUUCUUAAAGAAUAAACCCCCAUUCUCGACUAAGAUUUUGUAAGAAAAAUUAUUUAUUAUUAAAAAAACCUUUCAUUAUUUUUAAAACAAAAAUCAAAUGAAGUCUUAAAUAGUUUCAAAGAAUAAUUAAAUCAAGAUGAAUAUUCGAAUAAUAAUAAUAUUUUAAGAUAAACUAUACUAUCAAAAUUGAUUGAUUCUGAACAUUUGAUUGGCAAUUUUCCUCAUAUAACAAGAUCAAACAGAUAUAUGUUUGAAAAAAUGGAAUUGCAGCUAUAAAAUAAAAAUUAUUCUCAAAGAUUACAAGUCCCAACGAAUUGA